AAAAGUUUCGACCGCAGUGUACAGUAAGAUCUCAUACGUACGUGGCGCUGCCUGUCUCAAACUUUUGGCGAUGCUGUACACUGUUCAUGUCCUACACAAUCACACCUUAUGCAUGGAUAGGGCCCCUACACAUAUAGAGAGCGCCUCUGUAAACUUGGCAACAUCGCAAUUUUUCAGUAUAUAGUAGCGUCCAACGUGAAAGUGUCAGAGUUCUGUAAAGUUAUAUUUGUUUUGUGAAAAAAAACUCUUGAUAAUGGCAACCCAAACGCGAUUCAAGGGUCAGUUUGUGAAGAAAAAAGUGCUCGAUAAAAAACUAAAAGCAGUUUCCGCCAUGUGUCGAGCGAAUGCCGCUAAACGAGAGGACAGUGGACAUAACCUCCAUGAUCGGCAACAAGAAUUUGCUGUCGAAGGGCGCCGAAUCGUCGAUUUAGAAUAUCUGGCCCAACAAUUGAAGUGUAUUCGCUGCAAAAAAGAUAUUUUAUUGAGGAAAGCGGUGAAAGAAACGCGAAUGGGAUUGAACUCAAUUCUGCACAUUGCCUGCGACGAGUGUUGUUCUAUAACCCAAGUACGCACAGGCAAAACACACGGAACGUUGGAAAAUAAGACGCACGCUCAUGUGAAUACGAAAGCUGUAUUGGGUGCAGUUCAUUCUGGCAUUGGAGAAACGGCGUUGAACAAAUUAUUGAAUUGUUUAAACAUCCCAACCAUCGGGUCCCAUGUUUUUAAAAAAUAUGAAAGAGAAAUUGGACCAGCAUUGGAAGCUGCUGCGAAAGAUUCCUGCCGUAGAGCUGCUGAAGAGGAAAAGAAAUUAGUUAUAGAGAAUAUGGAAAGAUUGUGCCAGGAAUUGUAAGUUUUCACAACAAUCUAAUAUUUCUAUAACAAUCCUACAUCCCAGUGGAUAAGACUGAGACGGCGCAAGAGCUCUCACUAGCAUCUGAGUUCAUUCGCAGUGUCACCUUUGCAUACUGGAAUGCAGGAUUGCUAUAGAUUUUUUCCAGCGCCUCGACACCAAGUAUUAACUUGCGGUCAAGCUGCUAUUGUGACUUCAGUGUUUAUUGUUGAGAAAAAAAAACGUACGUGUAAUUUUUGCAAAUGUGACUUAUCUCAAUAAUUAACUCCACUAUGUCUGUUAUCGUAAUGAAAAUAGUUAUCAUGGCAUACAACACCGUAAGAAAUUUUGUGAAAUAAAUUUUACUGCUGCGUCAGGAAUCUAGAUUUUGUGUCAUCGCAGUCAACAUUCAAUGCAGCGAAAUGAUAAAUUCUCACUGCGGUGACAGAUAUUGUAGAGGAAAUAGUUAUGGUAUACAACACUGUAAGAAAUUUUGUAAAAUAAAUUUUACUGCUGCGUCAGGAAUCUAGAUUUUGUGUCAUCGCAGUCAACAUUCAAUGCAGUGAAAUGAUAAAUUCUCACUGCGGUGACAGAUAUUGUAGAGGAAAUAGUUAUGGUAUACAACACUGUAAGAAAUUUUGUAAAAUAAAUUUUACUGCUGCGUCAGGAAUCUAGAUUUUGUUUCAUCGCAGUCAACAUUCAAUGCAGCGAAAUGAUAAAUUCUCACUGCGGUGACAGAUAUUGUAGAGGAAAUAGUUAUGGUAUACAACACUGUAAGAAAUUUUGUAAAAUAAAUUUUACUGCUGCGUCAGGAAUCUAGAUUUUGUGUCAUCGCAGUCAACAUUCAAUGCAGCGAAAUGAUAAAUUCUCACUGCGGUGACAGAUAUUGUAGAGGAAAUAGUUAUGGUAUACAACACUGUAAGAAAUUUUGUAAAAUAAAUUUUACUGCUGCGUCAGGAAUCUAGAUUUUGUUUCAUCGCAGUCAACAUUUAAUGCAGCGAAAUGAUAAAUUCUCACUGCGGUGACAGAUAUUGUAGAGGAAAUAGUUAUGGUAUACAACACUGUAAGAAAUUUUGUAAAAUAAAUUUUACUGCUGCGUCAGGAAUCUAGAUUUUGUGUCAUCGCAGUCAACAUUCAAUGCAGCGAAAUGAUAAAUUCUCACUGCGGUGACAGAUAUUGUAGAGGAAAUAGUUAUGGUAUACAACACUGUAAGAAAUUUUGUAAAAUCAAUUUUAUUGCUGCGUCAGGUGAAAUGAUAUAGAUUUAGUGUCAUCGCAGUCAAUAUUCAUUGCAGUGAAAUGAUAAAUUCUCACUGCGUUGAGCAUAACAUUUUAUCAGCGUGGCACUCCAUCUCCCUUUUUAUGAAUCCCUUAUUGUAAUUAUAUUAAAUUUGUAUAUAGCGGUGAGAAUCAAAUCCAUCUGUAAAUUGAUAUUUUU